AUUUACACUAACGCUGUUGGUCUAAGUCAGAAUUAUAUCACCUCUUCCCAGGUACAGUGUAGUUUACACAGGAGCAGACCAGUCUCUUCAGCUCAGCCCUGACUAUCAGCAUGGCCAACCAGGACCAAAAAGAAACUGUUCCAGUUCCUCGUCCAGAGUUGUUAGAUUUCCAUGGUGUGUCGAUGGUUCAUUACUUCACUGACAACUGGGACAAUGUGCAGAACUUCCAGGCAAAACCUGAUGAUAUUCUCAUUGCAACAUACCCCAAAGCAGGUACAACCUGGGUGUCCCAAAUGUUGGACCUUCUGUAUUUUGGGAAGUCUUCCCCGAAGCGCGGGGUCUCCCUGCCCAUCUAUGAGAGAGUCCCAUUCCUGGAGAUCUGCAUCCCAAGUCUUCCCACAGGUGUGGAAUCGGCAGAUAAGAUGACCACAUCCCCUCGCCUUAUUAAAACCCACCUUCCAGUUCAGUUUGUGCCUAAAUCCUUCUGGGAACAAAAGUGUAGGAUUGUCUAUGUAGCACGCAACGCCAAGGACAAUGUUGUGUCCUACUUUCAUUUUGACCGAAUGAACAGUGCACAGCCUGAGCCUGGAGACUGGACUAGUUACCUGCAGAAAUUCCAGGAGGGAAAAUUGCCAUGGGGCUCCUGGUAUGACCAUGUGAAAGGGUGGUGGGAGAAAAAACAAGCUUACCCCAAACUCCUCUAUGUACACUAUGAAGAUCUAGCAGAGGACAUGGAUCGGGAGUUGGACCGUGUGUGCUCAUUCCUGGGUGUGUGCCCGACUGAAGAGGAGAGACAGCAGGUGAAAGAAGGGGUGAAAUUUGAUACCAUGAAGAAUAACCGCAUGGCUAACUACUCCACUAUUGAUGUCAUGGACUUCAAAAUCUCUCCAUUCAUGCGAAAAGGGAAAGUUGGCGAUUGGAAGAAUCACUUCACUGUGUAUCAGAACGAACAGUUUGACAAAGAGUACCAGAAGAAGAUGAAUACCACACUGCGGUUCCGGACCGAGAUUUAGGCAGGUAUCCAUCACCCAGGACAAGGGUCAGCUGCAAAUGCAAUUCACUGGCAGUUGAGAAAAAGUUGCACAGAAAGGUUUUCCUAAAACUUAAGGUGAAGUGAUGAAUAGGGUGUCUAUGGUCUGACUGAGAAGGUGGACAUCAGGUCCGGACUAACAACAGCAGUCAAAUACUAAUUUUUCACUCAUUUAACUUUUCAGCAAUGUUCAAAUCAAGAAGAUAUCUAUGUUGCACAAUAUUUCAUUUUCUUUCAUUCUAUAUUUUUCUAUAUAACGAAAAUUGUGUUCUAUAUUCUUCUUUCUUUCUAUAUUUCAGCAUAAUGGGAGAGCUUGGGGUAUGUUAUUACACUUUUUGCUCUUUCUUUCAUUUCUCAUGCACAAUACAUCACAUUGGAAUAAAUGUCAUACCAAAUGAAACAA